UUGUCUUAAACGAUGUAAACACUGAGCUUAAUGUUGAUGCUACUAGCUUCAGGGGUGUUUCUUAGGACUUAGGAUUUCUAAGUGCAGAAAUCUUAUGUCAGAGUAGAAUUCAAAAGAUAGAAACUGCGGUAAAUAAUACACCACAUAAUGUACAGUAGAAGUAGCUGCUGUUAUACGAUCAUGUUUAAGGGACAAGGCCUCCAUAGGGAUCAGGGUCUCCAAAUGUUUUCUGAGGUUCCAUGUCUGAUCGUAACACGACUCAAUACCAUUAAUAAUAGAUUGCAUGCAUAAUAUAUCCUUCUCGAAUGCUCUGGAAGAAAACUCAUUGAAAAGAUCUGAAAUACUUUCAAGGUCAUUCGCUGGGAUGGACGAACAGCUAUUUUGUUUUUUCCAAGGAAAACCCAUGGAUUUGGGAAAAUCUGCAGGAAGCUGAAAGAAUGGUGAAUGCAAAUGCCAGAGUAAUUCAAAAGCUAAAAAGGGUAGCGAUGUAGUUGGUUUAAAUGUAUUGCACAGCAAAAAACUGUGGUCAUACUGUAAGCCUGUGAACAGCAAUGCUACCAAAUAACUGUGAAUUGACUAGGAGGUGGAAAAAUCUCAUAAUUUAUACGAUGGACUGGAGAUUGCUCAUCUAUCUGAGAUGCAGUGAGAAUUAAGCUUCUGUAUUUGACAGUAAACUGGACGUCUCUGGAGCAACAGUGAACCCUGCUGUUGUACAGUCAAACUUCAGCUUAUUUAUCAAGGCAAAAGGCUCCACAUUUCUGUGAAAUGGAUUGUUGAAAGUAUAUAUUCUUCACUGGUCUUUCAGGGUAGAUAAUUACAAGCAUGUGACGCAUGCAAUUAAUGAAGAUAUUAUUACAUACAGACUAUGAGGGUCGCACAAGCUUCCUCAGAAGAAAAUACAUCAAUGAGAUUGAUUUGUUCUAAUUAUAUUCAUUUAAGUCACCUCAUACACUGACAUGGCAGCUCUCUUUUCGAUGUAAGGAACCAAAUAAUUUUGGUAAAUCAAUUCUUGUCAAAUGAAAGUAAAACAAUAUUGGGUUAUAAAACUGACCUUGAAGGUCUUUAUUUAUACGUUUUCUUUAAACUAGCCCUUCCAGCCUAUAUAAGCUUCAAUCAAUUCAUUUAGAGAGAUCAUCAAGUAAGACAACGCCCAAUUUGGAAUGGGGCAAUUAAAAAAAAGGAGAUUUUAAAACUCUGUACUUAAAGUCUACACUUUGUGUUCACGGCAAAUUGUGUCAACUUGUUAGGCUACCCAUCAAACGUCAGCAUAGUAAGCAUGCUGACAUUAACAUUUAGGUCAAAGAGCUGGUGUUCAGCCGUUCUGAGUGGAUGGCAUGCUUGUAGACUCUUAGUGUUGUUUCCUAUUACCUACAAACUACAAGCAAUGCAUUUCUACAUCGCUUAACACGUCAUACACUAUCUUACACAGCAAACACCUCGAGGCAUUGACUGAACACAGGCUGGACAGGCUGCAACCUACUUUUUGUGUCAUCAGUCAUUGGCCAAAGCAGUGACUUCUCUAAACUGCUGCUGCAAUCGAGGUAACAGGAAUGAUUGAAACGUUUAUUUAAUUUAAAAAAAGAGUCAAAUGAUGUAAGGGAUUCCAUGAUCUUUCAAUCCAGUUCCGUUUAAGACUGCCAUCUAGUGUCCACUUGCAAUACUGCAUGCAAUUAAGCAAGUAAUUCAAGUUUACUAAAAAGUAACCAACGUGCUAUAAAGCUUUGAUGUUUACCGUUACGCUUGGUUCCUGCGUCCCUAAGUGGUUUGUUUCAAGCCAAUAGGUGAUACAUAUAAUUGAUCAGGUGUGUGCUCUGUGCAAGUAAAAAGCCUGCACAGGUAGAUAUGUGCUAAAGCACAGGAGGUACCGGUGAAGCAUAUGCUUAUAUAUCCUGCUUCAGGGUGAAUCCAACUGUAUCUCCGUGGCUGAACAGCUGAUAGACACAUCACUUUUUAGGAAAAGUGUGGAUGCGAGUCAUAAAACAUCGUCCUUUAGGGUUGCCUAUUCUCGACCAACCGCAUUAACGCAGUGUUAGCGGUGGGAUCCGUGAGCUAAAUCGAGCACACCUAUCUCGAGCAAGGCCCGCCUUCUCGGCAUGUGCUCAUCCGGGUACUUCUUGUUUCACCACGUAACCCACAUGUAACUUGACCCCCAAAACUCCGAUUUGCUGCCUUAUCAGAUACUUUAGGGGUCGUCUUUCUUUUAUGUUGCGAAAACUUUCACAGCAUAUGACAGAAAGAUACAAUUCAUAAUAUUGAUAACAGGAGGAGGAAAGCACGUUAUGUACACGUGACGGAUAACGCGUUGCGUAACGGUGGAUUCUGACCAAUCAGAGCGCUCCGUUCGUUGCCCCCCUCGUGACCACACCGGCGGAGACACUGGAAGGACGUUAUCGGUGUCAGACGCGUCAACCCGGCGUUACCAUGUUGUCAACGUCGUAGUGGACUCGGAUGUGCGGGACCUUUGUGCGGACCAACGUUACGCGCGUAGACGAACUGGGGGAAUUUCAGCGUCUUCUGGUUGUUGUUUUUUUUUCGAGCUCGCGGGGCUUCACCCUCGCUCGUGCGACACCUACCCCAAAAUAAAACCGCUCGCCCUCCUACCAUCUUUCUAACCUCACCUGGAAUAAAAAGAGGAACAUGGUGGUCAACACCAUCCACUGGUUCAGGAAGGGACUGCGGCUGCACGACAACCCGUCUCUAAGGGACUCCAUCCGGGACGCGGACUCCCUGCGCUGCGUGUACAUCCUGGACCCCUGGUUUGCGGGCUCCUCCAACGUGGGCAUCAACAGGUGGAGAUUUUUGUUGCAGUGCUUAGAGGACUUGGAUGCCAGCCUGCGCAAACUCAACUCCCGCUUGUUCGUCAUCAGAGGCCAGCCUACAGACGUCUUCCCUCGGAUUUUUAAGGAGUGGCAGACUACUCGUCUAUCUUACGAGUACGACUCUGAGCCGUUUGGCAAGGAACGCGAUGCUGCCAUCCAGAAACUAGCCAGCGAGGCCGGGGUGGAGGUCAUGGUGCGGACUGCUCACACCCUCUACAAUCUGGACAGGAUCAUAGAGCUCAACGACGGUCAGUCUCCGCUCACGUACAAGCGCUUCCAGACGCUCGUCAACCGCAUGGACGCCGUGGAGCUGCCUGCAGAGACCAUCACAGCCGAGGUCGUCCAAAGAUGUGCCACACCACUCAGCAAAGAUCACGAUGACAAGUUUGCGGUGCCCUCCCUGGAAGAGCUUGGUUUUGAGACAGAAGGCCUGACCACCGCUGUAUGGCCGGGUGGAGAAACAGAAGCCCUCAUGAGGCUAGAGCGACACCUGGAGAGAAAGGCGUGGGUGGCAAACUUUGAGAGGCCGCGAAUGAACGCCAACUCCCUGCUGGCCAGUCCCACCGGCCUCAGCCCCUACCUGCGCUUUGGUUGUCUCUCUUGUCGGCUCUUCUACUUCAAGCUCACCGAUCUUUACAGAAAGGUCAAGAAGAACAGCACCCCGCCGCUUUCCCUGUACGGCCAGCUGUUGUGGAGGGAGUUCUUCUACACGACGGCCACCAACAACCCCUGCUUUGACAAGAUGGAGGGAAACCCCGUCUGCGUGCAGAUCCCCUGGGACCGAAACCCAGAGGCGCUGGCCAAGUGGGCGGAGGGGCGGACGGGCUUUCCCUGGAUCGACGCCAUUAUGACCCAGCUGAGGCAGGAGGGCUGGAUCCAUCACUUGGCGAGGCACGCCGUGGCCUGCUUCCUCACCAGGGGAGACCUCUGGGUCAGCUGGGAAGAAGGCAUGAAGGUGUUUGAAGAGCUGCUCAUAGAUGCGGACUGGAGCGUGAAUGCCGGCAGCUGGAUGUGGCUUUCGUGCAGUUCAUUUUUCCAGCAGUUCUUCCACUGCUACUGCCCAGUGGGAUUUGGAAGGCGCACGGACCCCAACGGGGACUUCAUACGGCGUUAUUUGCCCGUGUUGAGAGGCUUUCCAGCCAAAUACAUCUAUGAUCCUUGGAAUGCCCCGGAGGAAGUGCAGAAGGCAGCCAAGUGCAUCGUGGGAGUCCACUACCCGAGGCCUAUGGUGAACCACGCCGAGUCCAGCCGCGUCAACAUAGAGCGCAUGAAGCAAAUUUACCAGCAGCUUUCCAGCUACAGAGGACUGGGCCUGCUGGCAGCAGUUCCUGCCAAUCCCAACAGUGUUGCAAAUGACGGGGUUCUCAAUUCGGGGACCAGUCGUGGUCCGGGAGGCUCCUCUGAAGGCCUCUCCACAUAUACAGCAUCAUUUCCAACAGAAAAGGGAAAUUCCACACAGAAGCGCCGGCGUGAAGAAGACAUUUCCCUCAGAAGCAGCACUAAAUCCUGGAGGCAGAGCAACUAGUGUGAAAACAGAAGAAUACAAAGGGUCCCUCAGUCAUCUGGAUUUCCUCUUCUCUUGAAGUGCCCUCAGCUGACAACAGCAGUAACUGUGACUAACAACUAUAGCUAGAUCCAUAAAUCCAUAACAUGUCUUGGUCUCCAGAUGAUACGUACCACACAUCUCAUGAACCACGGGGGGAAUUCAGCGACAAUGCUGACAUUCAAGAGAGAGAGUUGGACUUUUGAGGUAACCUAUGGUCUUCCAUAAAACGACUUGUCAUCAUCCGCAAUGCGUUUCUUCUCCCCCAUCAACACCCUAUGUCAGUUUGCCGUUGGGGUGAAAGUGUAAUUCAGCAGAUCAGCUGAACGUGUGUCUGAGCAUCACUUCUCAUUAAUUGUCCCAUCCUGAGUUUUGGGACCCAGCAACACAGUUUGAAGAAUAUGGGAGAUUUCUUGUGUGUGACUCAUGUGUGUUAUGAAUGAAAUAACGCACGGUGGUUUACUUUGCUAAAAACAACUCCCUAAAUAUUUCAUAAACAGAAAAUUAUCCGACACCGUCAUGGAUCUGCAUAGUGUGUGGGUUUUUUUUCUUUCUAUUUAGGACACAAAAGCCUGAUGUACAGUAGUAGGGAAUAUUAGGUUGAGAGUUUCACCAGGCCUUUCAUUAUAUAUUUUGUAAAUAACUUUUGUAUAUUUGGUUUUGUGCUUUCGGUUUUGUGCUUUCUUAACUACUUUUGUAUAUAUUUAACCAAAACGUGAAUGUGUGUGCUUUAGUCUCCCAGGUGAUUGUAAAUCAUUAGUUUUUGUAUAAAGACUGACCAAAUUUAACUAUUGAAAUGGCAAAAAAAUGACUAAUGUUGAAUUCUUUUGAUCUUUUUUAUGCACACGUAUACUUAGAUAAUGUGCUGCACAUGCUAUUUUUUCAGAUAUUUUUGAUAAUUAUAAACAUUUAAAUUAGCCUAAGCUAUGUGCACUGGUGCACUCUGAGUUGGUAAGGGGGGCAUUUUCAUUGCAGAAAAUCCAAUGACUUCCUCAUAAGACAUAAAGAAGUGCCUUUGUGGAUGUGCCUACUGAUCAAAGAUAAUAAAGUGCCUUCUAGGAUCCACUUCCAGUGGAGACAUAA